GCUUGUCCGACGAAUUAUUACACGGUAUCUACGGAAAUCAAACGUUUUGAUUGCCUGCUUGCUUGCCUGCUGGUUUUUCCUUUCCUUCACAUCUGCUCCAGCAAGCACUUCAAAGCAGCAGUGUAUCACUGGGAUUUAAUGUCCUCCGUCCUUUUCAGUUCAAGUCUGCUUGUAUUCUAACAAUCAAGAUUAUUACCCCUCAGGACGGAUUCGCUGUAUAAUUUAUACGCUGCCAGGGUAUAAGCCCUCACACUCUUUUACUCCUCGUCAUGUCUUCCGCUCGACAUUGGUUUUCAAAACGUGUCACAACUCCAAAAUCUCCUACUUCCAAUGACUUUGGCCGCUCAGCAGUACCAACUGAAAAAUUCCCGGUGCAUGUCGAGAAUUCAAUGCCCUCUGAUAGCUUCAAAUUCAUCCCUUUUGCGUCUGUAAUGGGCAGAAAGUCCAAAAAGUCGCGUCCAACUUUAGCUAUUCCUGAUUCUCCAGUACCACCCCUCGUUUCUGCCCCUACAGUCUAUUCGAAUCCUGACCAGUACACUAAUAGACCUCCCGCCAAAUCUAUUUCAUCUACUAUCCGCUCUGGAGACGACUCCUUUGAACCUAGGACCCCACCUGAUGUCCAGAAAGAUCGUGUUUCAUUUCCCCGCUCAGUUUUGACACUAUCGGACCCUGAUCCUUUCGCAUCAGGCGGUAUCUCUGUGCCCCGAAGCAUCUUAGACCGGGGUAACAUGUCUGUUUACUCCAACACUUCAGCACAUGGUGUAGUUUCAAAUAAAGACGAAGUCGAUUUUUUGCAACAUCCAUCACAUCUCUCGAUGUCCUCACAGUCUCACAGUGACAGUCGCAAUGCGACACCAUCGCUGGAAUCUACUGGGCCUUCUCCUAUAGCAGACGGUCAGGGCACGUCGCCUAGUAGAGAAACAUUCAUGAGAAACGAGAUAAUAGACAGUCAAAAAAUCCUAGAAGGCCCUGUGCAUUGCAGUCCUUUGGAUGUACCCUUUCAACCUCCGCUGUCAAAGCAAUCAUCUGCGGUAACCUUGACUGAUCAAAGUCACAAAGGUUCCCCAGAUUUUCCUGCUGUGGCUGUACGAUCCACAAUGUGUCGAGGGGGCUAUACAGCGCCCAGCCCGUUCCAGGCUGCGAGUACCGUGUCUCAGCCUCGAAAAGGAUCCACUCCUCCCUCCACCGAGGUAUACGUUCGCUCUCGUACCCUCAGUCGUCAGCAAUCCACCUCUCGUCCUGCUCCGGCUCGUGAACUUCCCCCACCUCCUAUAAUGUCACACGUCACAUCCGACCCCGCCGACGACGGUGCCGAAGAUAGAUUCCCGUUAUCGGCGGAUGGGAGUUCUUCUUCCGGCAUAUCGUGUGCUUCACCCACCUGGCGAAUCCAAGACCUGGCGAUGGAGGACAUUAAUAAUCAACGUUAUAAAGUGAUUAGCCUAGGCUUUGAUCAUGACUUCGGAACUCAGCAUCAACUGGUAAAGGAGUCGAGCCGCAUUCAUGCCAGGAACACCACAGAAUCGCCUCCACCACCGCUAGCUUUCCACCAGCUGAAGAAGUCUAUGUCGCAUUCAACCCUGCAAAAGGCUAAAUCGGGCUCCGGCGGUACGCAAGAAUUCUUUAAAGGAGACAAGGGGUUGAAAAAACAAUACUCCUUCCAUCGUUCACAAGCUCACACAUCCCCUACGUCUACGCCAGCCUCCCCUUCCACACCAUCCGAUUACGAUCCUUUAUUUGCUGAAAGUCGUAUACCACCGCUCCCACAUCCUCACACUGUCGUGCGAAAACGUAUGUUUUCAGGCUCUAGGAAACCGUCAACAAUAAUCACAGAUGAAGAUUUACGCUCGGUAUUCAGUCUUCCAACAGAAGCAGGACGCUCCCACUUAGCAUCGCCCAGAGGUGUUGUAUCCCUGCUCGAUGAGCCUUCUUCAGAUCCGCUUGCAUCGGACAUAUUUUACCCAGCUGCGGAGUUUUCCCCGCAAUAUAUUAUGUCCCCCGCGGAAAUGUUGAAGAUGGAGGCAAUUGUGCAGGGUGAAUUUGACGCAAAGUACGGAGAGGCUCUACGAAAUCCCCAGCGUGCCACGUUUGCAUCGACGCCUAUGUAUGGUACUAUGUACAGGAAAGAAGGCCUGAAGACGGCUCUGUCGUCUGUUCCGCGUUUGGCUCCUACUCGCAGCAUAUCAAAUGUUUCCAAAGGCCCCACACCUACAUCAGUUCCACGUCCCUCCACUGCACAAACGGCUUCUUCAACGUCGACGUCCCGAUUAUCAUCUACCAAAGCUGGUCUAUCGCCCCCACACCGUCCACGAGCUCGUCCACAUACCGCUGAAACGAUGUAUCAUGAAGACCUAUUUAGCAGACGAUCAAGCAAUGUCCCAUUCAUCCCUCUAUCGCCCCCGCCGCGGCGCCCAAAGUGUGCAAUUGCAAUUCAAAUGCCAUUGCUCGUGGGCGACACAACGGUACCGCAGCGAUCCGUAAUUAGGAAACCCUCCUUCCUGGACAUUGCAGAUGACGCUAAUUGUUGUGAAGGCAGCUUCCUGGAUUUUGACAGCGGCAAAGAGUCUUUUGAUCUCUCCCGGGACUUCGACUGACGAAGAUGGGGAUUGUAUCCCCAUUCGAUGCAGCCCUUUUCCCGAUAGACACGUUCUUUUAAACCGAUCAAUUAUUCAGUCCAUUAUUCUUACGCUACUUACACUACUGCUCGAAUAUUAAUAUACUGACAUUUCAACACAUUGUUUUAGUAGUUUAAGUCGUACUACAUUUCGCUCCCUCGUCAUUACCCCUAACAACCACUUAUAUCAACGGUCUGUGUUACCGUCGUUUGCUAGGCACAUGUUUUCGCUUUUUAGAGCGGUAAGAGUGUUCGACCAAUGGCAAACGAA